UGAAGAACUGCAGAACUGACUCUAUUUAGAGUCACAUAAAAUACUACACUUCCCAGAGUUCAAUGUUCACGCAAAAUCCGCCAUAUUGAGCUCAGCAGAACGCGCUGGCAGGAGAGAGAAUAUCCACAACAUUGAAAUAGGUGAAGGAAGCACAGUGCAUACAGAUGACACAGACCAUACAAACGAAUGGGGUUCAACCCCUCAGCAAGACCUGGGAGCUCAGUCUCUAUGAAUUACAGAGAACUCCACAGGAAGCCAUCACGGAUGGUCUGGAGAUAGCCGUGUCUCCACGCAGCUUGCACAGUGAGCUCAUGUGUCCCAUCUGCCUGGACAUGUUGAAGAACACAAUGACCACAAAGGAGUGCCUGCACCGCUUCUGUGCAGACUGCAUCAUCACUGCUCUCAGAUCGGGGAAUAAGGAGUGUCCAACAUGCAGGAAGAAGCUGGUGUCUAAGCGCUCCCUCCGACCAGACCCCAACUUUGACGCCCUGAUCAGUAAGAUCUACCCCAGCAGAGACGAGUAUGAGGCCCACCAGGAGAGAGUGCUGGCCCGCAUCAGCAAACACAACAACCAACAGGCACUCAGCCACAGUAUUGAGGAAGGCCUAAAAAUCCAAGCCAUUAACAGACUUCAACGGGGAAAGAAGCACCAGAUUGAGAAUGGCAGUGGGGCAGAAGAUAAUGGGGACAGCUCACACUGCAGCAAUGCAUCAGUGCACAGUAACCAAGAGGCCGGGCCCAGCAUCAAACGAACCAAGACAUCUGAUGACUCUGGUCUUGACAUGGACAAUGCCACAGAGAACGGAGGAGGAGACAUGGCCCUGGAUGGGGCCAGCGAGAUUGAACUAGUGUUUCGUCCUCAUCCAACGCUAAUGGAGAAAGAAGACUCCGCACAGACAAGCAUUUUUGCGCCCUUGAAGGGCACUGCGGGAAGGGGACGCCACUCGAAGGGUCAUUCCAAACUGAAGUACAUAAAAACUUCGGGGAACGCAACAGUGGACCACCUCUCUAAAUACCUAGCUGUCAGAUUGGCCCUGGAGGAAAUGCGCAAGAAUGGAGAGGCAAGCCCUAUCAACGUAGAGGCAGCCAGUGAAAAACAGUACACAAUCUACAUUCCCACAGCCAACAACCAGUUCACGGUCCUGAACGGCUCCUUCUCCCUGGAGCUGGUGAGCGAGAAGUACUGGAAAGUCAACAAGCCCAUGGAGUUGUACUUUGCCCCAACAAAGGAGCACAAAUAAAUUCACCAAGACAUGAGGGCCCAAGCAGGUCCAGGACAGACUGAUGGUUCAUCCACUCUAUUCUCUCCAUCUUUCUUUUUCUUGCUGUUACUCCUGGUCUGGAGUAUACUACUUUCUAGGGACCCAGCUCCUUAAUAACUGUGGCUGCUUUGGUUUGUUUUUUAAUUGUCUUUUUGUAUGGGAAUGAGACCAGGGUCGAUUAAUUGUAAUGGGGUGGGAGGGCCAUGGGAUUCAAACCAGUGUGUGGAUUCAUUCCCCCACUUCAGUUGAAACAAUCAUUUCAUUGUUACAUGUUGAGUCCUUUCAUCAAGAGGACUUUGACGUUGCCUUCAAAAAUUUUAGUCUGCAAAAUGGAUACUUCAACUAUAACACCAUGACAUUGAAGAAGUCCUACUGAGUGCUUCAUGGAAGAUGCUGAUGUCAGGAGGUGGAUGUGUUCUUGAUAUCAAACUAGAUUGAUAUUCAUUGAGCUGUAAGAGAUUUCAAGUGCAUUAGACCACUUCUGUAGCAGCAACAAUUGUUGACUAACAUGAUCGCAUUUUGCCGCCAUGUACCAUUACAUGUCGAGAGAAUGUGAUGGCUUAGGUCAUAUAACUUUGUCUUUCACUAGUCUGUACUACUGUGUUGGUCAUCCAUUGUACAUCAAAUGUUUCGGGGAUUGUACAUACUACACCACUUUAUAGUACAACUACCUGGAAAAUGUAAAUUGACACCAAUGUUAUGGCUGUUACUCAACUGCCAAUUUAAAGAAUGUCAGCUGGUAGUUGUACAUGAAGAUGGACCCCAUUUUCAAUGGUCACAUUUCAUAGGAGCUUCAUCUAAGGCAACCUUUUAGAGCAUGAAGUAUUUUUAGUUUGACAUCCUUGACAUACAUAUGUUCAUGUUGUUGUUUGAAAAAAAAAAAAAAAAAUGUAUACAGCGUUCUUUGUUUUAAAAAUAAAAAAAAUAUGGUGUCACA